UUUUCUAUUACCUUAUCUUCUGUUCGCCUUUCUAUUUAUAUUUAUUUCUAUUCUUUUCUGUCUUUUUAUCUGUCUUUGCAAUUGCAUCAUUCACCGCUACCCUUACUAUUAUUAUUAUUACUACUAUUAUUGUUAUUUUCAUUAUUGUUUUAGAAAAGCGAGAACAACAAUAUAUAGGGUUGGAAGGAAGUAGUUAAUAGAAGAAGAAGAAGAAGCAUGGCAAAAGAUGGACCCAACUGGGACGGAUUGCUCAAGUGGAGCCUUGCCCAUUCUGAUGGGACUUCUUCUAAUCGCAAUCUCAGCGAGGAGGAUAGAAGAUGGUUUAUGGAAGCAAUGCAAUCACAGAGUGUUGAUGUAGUAAAGAGGAUGAAGGAGAUAACUCUUGUGAUGCAGACCCCUGAACAAGUGUUGGAGGCGCAAGGAGUUACUCCUGCUGAUAUCGAAGAUUUGUUGGAUGAGCUACAAGAACAUGUUGAAGCCAUUGACAUGGCCAAUGAUCUUCACUCGAUCGGGGGUUUGGUUCCUCUCCUUGGUUAUCUAAAGAACACCCAUGCUAAUAUUCGAGCAAAGGCUGCUGAAGUUGUAACCACCAUAGUCCAGAACAACCCUAGGAGCCAGCAACUGGUUAUGGAAGCAAAUGGUUUUGAGCCUCUGCUUUCUAAUUUCACUUCAGAUCCUGAUGUGACUGUUAGAACAAAAGCACUAGGUGCAAUAUCAUCUUUAAUCCGACAUAACAAGCCAGGUAUUGCUGCAUUUCGUCUAGCAAAUGGUUUUGCAGCUUUGAGAGAUGCCCUGGGUUCUGGGAAUGUGAGAUUUCAAAGAAAAGCGUUGAACUUGAUCCAUUACCUACUACAUGAGAAUAGCUCAGACUGCAGCAUAGUCCGUGAUCUGGGGUUCCCCCGCAUAAUGUUACACCUUGCCUCAAGUGAACAUGCAGAAGUACGCGAAGCUGCCCUUCGUGGCCUUCUUGAACUUUCUCGAAACAAAAUAGAUGGGAACACUGGAAGAUUAUGUGUAGAUGAUGAAAAAUUGAAGCAAGUCCUUGAAGAACGGGUUAAUGGUAUCAGCUUGAUGUCACCUGAAGAUCUUGGGGCAGCUAGGGAAGAAAGGCAGCUUGUAGACUCCCUCUGGAAUGCUUGCUACAAUGAACCAUCAUCUCUACGUGAUAAGGGGCUUCUUUUUCUCCCUGGAGAAGAUUCACCACCUCCUGAUGUUGCCAGCAAGCAUUUUGAACCUCCUCUUAGAGCUUGGGCUGCCAGACCUGAUGCUGGUAAAAAUCCCGGUACUGAAAAGAAACAAGCACCCCUGUUAUUAGGAUCGGGCCCUGCACCUGAGGCUGCUAAUGUCCUAGGGACCUCAAGUGGUGAAGUCAAUGGUGAUGAGCAUAACAACACCUCUACAUAACGCUCAGACAAUUUCCAAGGCUAUCUAAUUGUACGGUCAUUUCCUCAUUUAGGUGGACAGUGAUGCCAGGAACACGAGAAAGAAAGGCGGUUGAAAUGCAGAGCGUCUACUUAGCCCUCUGAAAGGACAGAUUGCCAAUGAAUGUUGAUAUCCAUCAUGGUGUAAUGGAAGCAAGCUUAUGAAAAGAAAGAAUUGGACUAUAUCUCUUAAGUUGUCGGUUCCUUUCUUUAAAGGAUCUGUUUUGGCUAGUCGUCAUUCCUUUUCAGAAUCUUCACGAAGGCAAAUUAUAUGUGGUUGCCAUGGUAGUUAGCGAUGUAUUGUAACAAGCUCGUAUCUUUCUGGCAAUAGCUCAUGUUGCUGAAAAUGCUACAUUCAAUGUUGAUUUUCAUUUUUAACUGUUAUCAUUCAAUGA